AUGAAGAGCGAAAACAGCCCAAUCGAAACAAGAUUAGGCUUAAUCACCGGUAAUCAGCUGGGGAAGGCAUCUGAGAAGUGCGAAGCGGCGGUGCCAUCCCCAGCGAUCCAGCGAUCUCGAGACCGCCGUGAGCGUUUUUCUCACAUUCACGGUCUCUUGGAGCAGGUUUUCGAUAGCUUUCCCGGCCCGAACUCGUUUCCACUCGCAGCUUGCAAGGAGAUCACUACCCAGCUCCACCUUGACCCUGACAGCUUGGGUCUCCCCCCUGCAUUGGCAUCCGGACUACCAAAUUUGGCAUCGCAGCUGCCCGCUGCUAUCGCCGACAUUGUGCCAGCAGGCUACUCUGGAGACUGGCUUGUAAAAUAUCUAGCAUUACGAGACGUGUCGCAAUUCGUAGUUGCCGCCUCAAUCCAAUAUGCUGCCCACAAGGAGACUCGAGAACUGCGUCUCGAGCCAGCCCUGGCGCAUUCCAGAAAUGCUGUUCUGAGUGCGCUCGAUGCCUUACUCUUACCCGACACCCUGGACCUAUCUCAUCAAGACACCGCAGGGAUCUGUGUCGAGGAAUUCGAACUGGAUGCAUUGGAUGCUCUAUUCGCGAGGCUUGUAGCCCGUCAGGCUAUUCAACGCGUCAGUGACCGGGAGAUGGUCCAUAACAUGUCUCAGGUUGUCAGAAACAUUGCUCUUCAGGACAAUCCCAGUGGGCAGUUCAUGCCGAAUCAGCGGCCUGGUCUGUACUCUGUGAAUUGCCCGGAAUGUCACAUCAUAGGUGCAUCUCAGUUGAACCCAACGGACAUCAAUACUCCUACCGAACAUGGUCAUGUUGCUAGACAGCUUCCACCCAAAACAAGAUGCAUACACUGCGGAGAAGCCAUCACCAUUUCACGGGAGAUAUCAACAGUACGGCAAACUUGGGAACUACUGGAACCACUUCACCUUGAUGCUGACACCGUCAGCCUGCAACGUCAUUUACCCACACAAUUUCUACUACGGCCGCCCAAGACACAGACGAGCGGCUUCACGUCACUAGAAUACGGCAAUACGCUCCGUAUAGGAGCUGGGAAAUUGGGCGGACACGAAGCCUAUGGCUCUUCGCACCAACCAAAGAUGUUUCUUUCCAGCCCUGUAUCCAUAGAUCCCAUUGGCUCUCUGUAUACUGGGCUUCUGUCGCCUCAAAGCCCCAAUCACUCCCAAAGCCCAUUACCGCUACGUCAUCAACAAUCACAAGCAGACAACAGAAGCAAACUUUCGGACCAUCAUGACAAGCUUGAUCCAGCCUUGCUAACAGAUCGGCCCACCUUCUCCCACGACUCGCCUAUAUUUAAACGGCUGCAGCAUGACACAUAUGAGGCUUCAUCCAUAAACACCCCGAGAUCUUUUACAACUAGCAAAAAACCACCUGCUGGCGUAAUAGCAGACUCGAGUUCCUUGUCUUCGACUACGCUUGAAGCCCAAAAGCUCGAGGAAAUCACUCUGACUCCCCUUGUCAUCCAGAAACAUCAAGGGAGAGGGAAAUCGUCGAAGAAUAUCAAUGUUACUCUCUCGCAAAGCUCUACCCUCGCUCUAUUUUGGACCCAGCUGCUCAUACAUGUGUGGGAUGUUGCCAACACCCCUCCCACCAUGAUGCGGGCCAUUCAGCCAGAGAGCACUUGUAUCCUGGCAGCCGUCGCCAGGACUCAUUUAGCAUAUGUUAUUGGAACAAGAGAUCAGAAACUUACGUGUGACGACUUGCAGCUGCGUAUUGUGAAUCUCGUGCAACCUACCGUCUCAGUUAUAGAGUACCGCAUCCCAUCCACAUUAUGGGCAAAAGCAUUAGCGAUUGACCGAGAGGAAAACUAUGCGGUGGUUGGUUUUGAGAAUGCCACUGUGCGUUUCUUCAAGGCAAAAACAUCAGAGCAACCGCGAGAAGACCGUCUACAUGCAUCAUCGCACCGGGAUUGCAGGGGAUGUCCGUCAGUCGACACCCUGACAUUCUCUCAGGAUGGGUUCACACUUCUAGCGAGCACAAGAAGUUCGAAAACGGGGCUAGUGCAGAUAUUUUCUUGGCGAUUCCCAUUUCACGAGUUCCAAGAGCUGGCAGCCUGCCGAUAUUUAGUCCCACUUCACGAAUCAGAGGACAACGGUUUGUCCGCGGCCAUAUUUCGACCUGGAUCGGAUGGCGAGGGGACGUUGGUUUGUAUUACGACCUGGACCCAAUCCGGCACUCCUAUUUUGAUACAGCCGCAGGACGGACACAGGAGUGAGAUUAAAGUUGACGGGCCUGGUAAAUCCACCAAACUAGGAAUUAGAAUUCAGGGCCGGGAGCUGGUCAUGAUUAACGACAGAGGUUACGUUUUUCAAGUGUCCAACUUGAAUCCCAGUCCCAUCGAUAUCAGAAGAGUAGCUAUCUCGAAGGGACUUACAGCAAAAAGUGAAUUGUUCGCCAUGUCAUUUGUGACCAUAGCGGACGAGGAAAAUGUUCUGGUGGCAUGGGCUGAUUUGGCGAGAGCUAGGGGCUGGAUUAAACAGAUACCCAUGACAGGGAGGGCAAAUUUCGCAUGCUCUGAUACAUCUGGGUUAUUAUCUGAGUCAUCAUCAUACUGUGCGAUGAAGGAAUUUAUGGGCCCACAGGUUGAGCUUGCUGCUAUUGAGAGGACCCGCGAGCUGCCAACGGAUACAGACGGUGGAAUAUAA